AAAAACCACGCGACUAUAAUAGGAGUAUCAUGAUUAUUAAUAAAAGAUAAUUGAUCUGUAAAUUAUAAUAUCCUUUAAAGGAACUUUUUAGUAAUAAUUUUGAUCUAGCUUAAUGAAUUAAUAAUUAUUAAUUAUGGAAGAAUUCGGUGGAUUUAAAGUUCUACCAUUUAAGAUAAAUGAAAAAUCAAAAGUAAUUCGUCAUUUAUUUAUGAAAAUGCAUUUAGUUAGAGAAAAAUGUCCUCUUAAACCUGAAUAUCAAACUUUAUUUGCUGUUGGAAUUCCAGAAUUUUGUGAUCAUCAAAUUAUUAAACUUGCAUUCCGCCGCUGUGGAAAAAUUAAAGAUAUAUAUUUUCAUAAAGAACCUACCCCGAUUGAACCUGAAACACUGCCAUCCAAAUAUUUUAUUCCUAAGACAACAUUGGGUUUCAAAGUAGCGUAUAUAGUUUUUACACAUACAUCAGGACUAGAAAAUGCCCUAUCAUUAGACUGUACUGAAAAUAAUCCAUUAAUACUGUCAACAGCUACUUAUCAAUUAAAAAAUAUAACAAAACGCUGGUGCCAUCUUUACAAUGAUAAUAUUAUUAGCCCGACAGAUGUGCAAAAAGAAAUUGAUACAUUUAUGUUAGAAUAUGACAAAAAAAUAGAAGAACGAGUACAUGCUGAGAAAGAAGCAGAUGAAGAGGAUGUUGAAGGAUGGAAAACUGUUACAAAAAGAGGACGGAAUCCUGGUUUUGCACGUAAAGAAACAAUUAAGAAUAAUAUUUUAAAGAGAGAAGCCAAGAAAAAAGCUAAAAAAACCUUAAAGAAUUUUUAUAGAUUUCAAAUUAAAGAAUCUAAAAUAAAUCAAUUAAUGGAGUUACGAAAUAAAUUUGAUAAUGACAAAACAAAAAUUGAUUUAUUGAAACAGAGUAGAAAAUUCAAGCCAUUUUAAUUUAAAUAACUAUUUUUUUUAUAUGUUUUUUUAUGCUAUUAAAUAUAUUUUGUUGAAUUAAU